AUGGCGCCUGCGGGGAGAGGGAGAAGACAGGCCGAGGCAGCGGGUCAGCAACGCCGCCGGCGUCCAGGAUCCCUGCCCAGCCCGGCCCGGCCCAUAGCGAACACAGACCUGGACCUGCGGCCGCUGCUCCAGGUCCGCAGCCUCACAGGGGAGCGGCUUCCGGUGCUGCUUGCGUCAUCUCCGCGCGUCCCUCCGGCACCCAGCGCCAGCGCCUGGCGGAAGCGCCGGUACUUCCGUCCGCUGCCCACCGGGAAGGUGGAGAAGAAUGGCCGGGGCUGGGGAGAGGGGCGGGUACAGCCGGUGACGUUCUGCAGACUUCGGACUCACCAGUGGGGUUUCAUUCUAUUUAAUGUUCAUGCCUUGCUCUUUGGAGCUAACUUCGUGGAAGAAUACUUUUUACAUUCUUUGCCUCAUGUCGAUAUGAAAAUCCUUGAAAUUAAGAGCAAGGCAAGAAAACCCAACAUGGGAUUCAUAAGAGGUACUCCCUCCACAGACUAUGUUUUGAGCCAGCCGGAGGCAUGUAAUGGGAAGCCCAUCUUUCUGCUCUCUAUCUUCAGUAGCCCAGGGAGUGGAACAAGAAGGGAGCGCAUCAGGAAAACGUGGGGUAGUGUGACCAGUGUCCAAGGCUACCCAGUCCUUACACUGUUUGCUCUGGGAAUGCCAGCUCUGGUAACUACGGAAGAGACAGACAUCAAGUCUCAGGAGAAUAACGACAUAACUGAAGGGAUCUUCUUGGACAGGUCUGAAAACCAGACCCUGAAGAGCAUCUCAAUGACGUAGUGGGCUGUGUCUUUCUGUCCUAAUGCCCUCAUACUCAAAGCUGAUGAAAAGAUGUUUAUCAAUCUCCCAGGCUUGGUGGACUAUCUACUCAGUCUAAAAGAACAUCUAGAAGGUAGCUGUGUAGAAAGUGGUACUCACCAGGGUAAUCCUAACAGACCCCCCCUCCCCACCAGCCAAGAAUUUGUCCCUGGCUGCUGCAGUGGUGAGGCCUUUACAGUGCCCCAAGAUGUGGCUCAGACAUGCUUGCGCCACCACCACCCGGUUAUGUAUGUGGUUUUGAAUGAAGCACCUACAGUGGUACCGGCUGAUGUAUUUAUAGGGAUUUGUGGUAAGUCUGUUGGUCUUUUUUUUUUUUUUUAAGACAGGGUUUCUCUGUAGCUUUGGAGAAGUUCGUUGGUCUUAUCCCAUCCAUAGCUCAAGAAGAGACACAUUGUAUAAAACAGAUGUUGCUACAAGUUCAUCUUUACAUCCUCAGAAGCUACAGAUGCUGAAACUUCCCUGGCAUGCAGAGAAAUGAAUGAUGGGAAAGCGUGUUCACUGUUUGAGACUUACUAUGGGCUCAUUUCCUGCAAACUGCUGACACACCUCGACGGCUUUAGCCGUUUUCACGUGGGGACUGCACAAGGCCAUGCUAUGCACUUUGGCGGGUAGGAUGCACUUGUUUUUAAAUUGCUGUGCGUUGGCUCAGUGUAGGAAGCAG